AUUUUUUGGAACAUAUGAUAACUUGCUUUUAGCAAUUUAGCUCAACUAUAUAAACCGCAGAAAAGGACCCCAAGCCGGUUUUGCUUCUGCCUAGAAAGUGGAAACUGACCUCCUUCUUUCCCUUAUCCCGCGCCUUGGAAUGGCGACAUUGGUACCCGCCAUUUCGUCAAGAAUUUGGCGCUUAAACCUUCUUCGCUCACCCAAACUGUUUUCACAAGUUAAAGCGAUGAAACCUUUACCGUCUCCGAGGAGGUUAGGAUUGACUCCUCCAUUGAAUUCAAGUAAAACCCAUUGUUGCGCAUCGGAUUGCAGUUCCAGACAAGCUCAGUUGCAAAACCCAUCAUCAUCAGAAAGUCCUGAGGUUGAUAUUACCAUGUUGGGAAUUGAAACUAGCUGUGAUGAUACUGCUGCAGCGGUUGUUCGAAGCAAUGGUGAGAUUUUGAGCCAAGUCGUGUCAUCCCAGGCCGAAUUGCUUGCUCAAUAUGGAGGAGUUGCUCCUAAGAUGGCUCAAGAAGCACAUGCGGCCGUGAUUGAUCAGGUAGUACAGGAUGCCUUAGAUAAAGCUGGAGUAAGAGAAAAAGAUCUUUCGGCAGUUGCUGUCACAAUAGGUCCUGGUUUAAGCCUUUGUCUACACGUUGGUGUACAGAAGGCUCGCAAAAUUGCCGGCAGCUUUAAUCUUCCCUUAGUUGGGGUUCACCACAUGGAGGCUCAUGCUCUAGUAGCCAGGUUAGUGGAAAAGAAAUUGCAAUUCCCAUUUAUGGCGCUGCUCAUCUCAGGGGGUCAUAACCUUGUAGUUCUUGCACGUGACCUGGGUCACUACAUACAAUUGGGAACCACGAUUGAUGAUGCAAUUGGUGAAGCAUAUGACAAGACAGCAAAAUGGCUUGGUCUUGAUCUGAGGAGAAGUGGGGGGCCUGCAAUUGAAGAAUUAGCUCUAGAGGGAGAUGCCAAAGCUAUCAAAUUUACAGUACCAAUGAAACAGCACAAAGACUGCAACUUUUCAUUUGCGGGGCUUAAAAAUCAAGUGAGGCUGGCAAUUGAAGCUCAAAAUGUUACUCCUGAGAUCCCGAUUUCUGCAGCUAAUAGCAAAGAGAGAAGUGCCCGGGCAAACAUUGCUGCCUCCUUCCAGCGAGUUGCAGUCUUACAUUUAGAGGAGAAGUGCCAACGAGCCAUUGAGUGGGCAUUGAAGAUAGAUCCUUCAAUAAAGUAUUUGGUCUGUUAAUUUUAUAUUUGGAUUCUUAUUUGUUUGCACUUGGUCUAUCAAUUAGCAGUAGUUUGUUUCACAAUGUCCAAUAUUAUACUUCCUCCCUUGGCCCUUUACUUUUGCUUUGUUUAUGUUUUGUGACAUCAUCUUAUAUGGGCUCUAUUUUCCCUAGUGUAGGUAGCCUCUGGAGGUGUUGCUUCGAACAAGUACGUCAGGUCUCGCCUUAAGCAAGUAGUUGAAAAGAAUGGCCUGCAACUUGUGUGCCCUCCUCCAAGCCUCUGUACCGAUAAUGGUUAGCUGUUUAUUCUAUCAGUUAACCUUUACCUGAUAUUGACUCUAUUGGAAUUAAUAUGCAUUUGAAGAUUAUUCUGACGCUUUCAAGUGUUAUGAACUCUUUUAGCCCAUAGUUGAAUGCUUUCUAUUUGUCCAAAUUAAGUAAAAUACACUACUGUAAUAUGAACAAAAUUUGGAAGAAAUGUUGUUAGACAUGUUUCUUUUGGAGCUGGGACCAAAAUAAUCAGUACCAUAAUUCAUCUAUGACAUUACUUUUCCAUUUAUUAUCAAAAAUCAGCUAAACCUUGUUAAAUUUAUAUUCAUUUGUGAAAAUAACUUGGUGUAUACUAUAAGGUGUGAUGAUUGCUUGGACUGGCAUUGAGCAUUUCCGUGUGGGAAGAUUUGAUCCUCCUCCGCCGGUCAAUGAACCCGACGAUGUCAAGGUUUGUAUCUGUCCCAUGUUUACCACAUUAUCGAAUUGCUCUUUCAUUGCUUUUGGUGCUGGUGUUUAAGUUGAUAUCAACUGAAUAGAUGGAGCAAUCACUAUACAUUGUAACUCUCGAACACUCUUCUUCUCACAUCAGGUAGAAAUUUCAUUAAUGCAUGAGUUGGUUAUUAUACAUUAAUCAAGUUUUCGGAGAUCAAUUCCUGUUUAUAUCUUGCUUCCUUCCACUUGGAAUUGGCACGUGAUUGGGUAGGUGUUGUAGGUUUCUCUAGUUCUAAUUAAAAGUUGACCCCGUUGGCCAAGAUUUAUACUUUAUUUGUAGCAUCUUAGAUAAAGCAAUAUCAAGUAUUGAGGUGAAGAACAUUUGAUUCUCUGUAGGAAAGCUCAUAAUGAGUUGCUCAAGUAAAACUAGCUAAGUUAUGACUUACGUGUGUGAAUUCUAGUGCUUUAUGGCCUUGUUGCAUUUUGCUAACUGUAGGUGUUUGUAUCAGUAUUUUCCUGUUUUUGAUGUAAUCUUAUAGAAGUUAUCCAUGCUUCCAGAUUGAUCUACGGCCAAGAUGGCCUCUGGGUGAGGAAUAUGUAGAAGGUAGAAGCAUUGCCCGAUCAGUGAAAACAGCUCGGGUGCAUCCAUCACUAACCUCUAUCAUCCAGGAAUCUCUGCAAAAGCAGCCGAAGCACACAACUUGACAAUUCUACAAUUUUCUGAUCCGGGGUGAUGUUACAUCUGAAGCCCUCGUCUCUGGAAAAUCACUGCACUGAGAUCAAAUACUUGUGAAGUGGCACCGGAAAGCUCAUAUGCUGUGGCGGAGCGUUAAACUAGCGCUUCAAGCUCCAUCACGUUGACUUUACGAUGCCAAGGGACAGAGUUGGCGAGCAGAGCCAAUGAGUUAAAGAUCCUUUGCUGUAAAGGCUUUUCCUCAUUGUAAGAGGAAACACAAGUAAAGAAGUUGCCUUUUCUUGGUCUAGCGUAGUUUUCUCUUUCUUAUUGGAUUCAGGAAGGCUCCAAGUCUUCUGUUACAAAAAUGUAUAUUCUGAUACUAAAUUAUUGAACUCUGAUUGCUAGCUCUUGUAAUCUUUUAUGGUCAUGUUCAAAAUAUAAAAAGUAUUUACUCACGCUAUCCCGAAA